GUGUAGUCAACCUCCAUCUCUGCAAGUAGGCACUGUACUACUAGGAUACAAAAUUCUCAGCCAACCAAAAAAAAUCAACGUUCACCGUUCAAAUUCUUUCGAUUUCGCCGGCGAUGAAAUGAAAUCUCCCGAAAUCGGCAAAACGAUUUAGCUGUUUGUACAUACAGGUGAUUUUAUAUAUUGAAGUUUAUGUGCUCUAUGAUUGGCCUGUUUUUUCGGGUUCUAAUGGAGCUGUUUUGAUUCUCUACUCAAACUUUUUCUUAUCUGGGUUUGUUUUUAGUUAAGCUGGUUGGGGUACUGAAAUAAAAGCGGAAGCUUUAGGCAAUAGCUGAUGUCAGUGCUACAUUAACUUGACAUGAUCAAUUCUAUUCCGAUCAAAAGGAAAAGAUGAAUACAGGAGGUUAGCCUUGUAUAAACAUGGUUCAACAGCAGCCUUGGUGUCUAGACAACUUGCUUGCCCCUCCACUAAUUCAAUGGGUCACCUGCUACCUCGACAGACACAGGAAUCAAUCUUGGACACUGGUUACUAAGAAAUCAGAAGAUACUAAUUGAGGAGAAUAUAGUAGUGUAUUGUACUCAUCCACAAAGUUCAAAUGGAAGCACGUCCUGCUGUGUCUGUUCAAAGUGUGGUUGCAAGUCAACUCAGUAAUUGUGGUGCAUCAGGGGCACUUUCUUCUUCCAUGUCUAUGUUUCCAACAGCCCUUGGAGAAAAGUACCCUAAGUUUCCAGACUUGCAGCAGGCUUCGAUGGAAAAGGAGCUCAAGCAACAUCCUGGAACUGUUGUCUCUUCUUUGCCUUCCAACAGUGGGGCUGUUGGUCUUAUGUUCUCAUCAUCAUCAGGAUUUUCCGCAGAUCUUCAGUUCUCAUCUGUUUCACCCCAGGAAAAGCAUUCAGGAACUGCACCUUUCAUUUCUCAGUCAACAUAUAGUGAGACAUCGAUCCAAUUACCUCAUUCGGGAGUUCUUCAGUCCACAGCAUCAAGCCAAUAUUUGAAUGAAAACCAUGAACCCUGGUGUAUAGAUCCACUGCCUAAUUUCCUUGAUUAUUCGAUGAAUAACCCUGUCCAGAAUAGUCAGGUAGCUUCUAGCAAUAAACAAAGCGAUUGGCAGGAGUGGGCCGACCUUGUACUCAAUGAUGAAGAUGCUCUACCUUCUGAUUGGAACGAUAUUAUUGCUGAUACAAGUAUUGGCGACUCGGAGCUGAAGAUGCAAUUUCAGGAGGAAAAACAACCUUUGAAUUUCCCAAUGCAGCAAGUCCAAGCAUCACAGCAAAUCCCACCUGUGCCUGUAGAAACUUCAGUUAUUGCUCCUGUAUCAUCCCCUGCAAGUAGUGCUGCAACAAAGCAGCGCAUGCGUUGGACUCCAGAACUUCAUGAAGCCUUUGUUGAAGCAGUCAACAAGCUUGGUGGAAGUGAAAGAGCUACUCCCAAAGGGGUGCUAAAAAUGAUGAAAGUUGAGGGUUUGACCAUCUAUCAUGUUAAAAGCCAUUUGCAGAAAUAUCGAACAGCUAGAUAUAAACCAGAAGCAUCAGAAGCUGGGUCUUCAGAGAAAAAACAAUCUUCACUAGAUGAUUUGGCAUCUCUGGACUUAAAGACGGGAAUUGAGAUCACUGAGGCAUUACGAUUGCAGAUGGAAGUUCAGAAGCGUCUCCAUGAACAGCUUGAGAUUCAAAGAAACCUGCAGCUUCGUAUAGAAGAACAAGGGCGAUACCUCCAGAUGAUGUUUGAGAAGCAGUGCAAGUCAAUGCCUGGCGCAGACUUGGCUAAAGGCUCAUCAUCUUCCACAGCAGAUGAUGCCUUUGCACAGUUGUCACAGGUUGACACUGCUAAAGAAGUUGAUCACGAGAAACAGAAAGAGCGGGAAAGAGAAGUUCUUGGAGAUCCUGAGACAAAUAUAACCAGCACAUCUGAUUCACCUCCUUUGAAGCGCUCUAAAUUGGAUGAAUAAGCCUUUGUAGGUUCAAAACACCAUCGGUAGACUAUGGAAUAGUAAUAUAUUUGACGCUUGGAACAUGAAAUCCUUGAGUAGAACGGAGUUGGCUCGUGAAAGAGCUAAAAGUACCAUGGUAUUCUUUUCAUAGACAAUAUCUCGAGGGGCCAUGGCGUGUCCUCUCAUUUGACAUAGAUCAUAAAGAAAUAUCAAACCUUUGAUGUUAGAUUUGUGGCAUUUCAGAGUCAUUUUGGAUGGAAAACGAGGAACUAUUGGUCGUCCUCGUCGUGUCAAAUUCCAUCAACUGAAAAUGUAGCUUGUCUGAACAUGAAUUGUUCUGUUAUAGUCUUAUGUAUCAGGAAGGAAAAUAGUUCUUAUUGCUUGAAUUCUCAUCAGUCACAUUAUGUAAAUAUAAUCUUUGGCUAAAGAUGCUGUUUUUUUUGGCCUUUUUAUAA